AUGGACCAACAACCGGUGCCGUCGAAUAGUGCCGCGAAGGUGUCCGUGUGUACCAACCAUUCGGAUGUGCACAGUCCGCUCUACAUGGAAGCUUACUGCCAGUCGCUUGAACAGCCGGAAUCAUUUUGGGGCGAUCUGGCCGAACAGUUGAUUGAUUGGGAUAAACCAUUCGAGAAAGUGCUUGACAACAGCGAAAGCCCGUUUACGAAGUGGUAUCUCGGAGGAAAACUAAACGCCUGUUACAAUGCGGUGGACCGGCAUGUACUGGACAAGAAGGGCAGCAAGGUGGCGCUUAUUCACGACAGUCCGACCACCAACACCGUACGGCAUGUAACGUACAACGAGUUGUACGACAAGGUGUCCCGUCUUGCGGGUGGCUUGCGGAAGCUGGGCGUGCAGAAGGGUGACCGCGUGGUGAUCUACAUGCCUCUCAUUCCUGAGGCCAUCAUUGCUAUGCUAGCAACGGCCCGACUGGGUGCCGUGCAUUCUGUGGUUUUCGGAGGGUUUGCCGCUAGUGAACUAUGCACCCGUAUAGAGCACGCCGAACCGAAGGUCAUCAUUGCGGCCAACUGCGGUGUGGAACCGCACAAGAUCAUCUACUACCUGGACAUCUUGCACGAGGCGGUCGCAAUCUCACGUUGGAAGCCGCUGAAGAACAUCAUCUACCGGCGCUCGAACAUUUUAAUGUCGGAUCUAGACGAUGCCUGCGAUGUGUCUUGGGAGAGUGCCCUCGACAGCCCGGUCGACUGCGUGCCAGUCGAUGCCAACGAUCCGCUGUACAUUCUGUACACAUCCGGAACAACAGAUAAACCCAAGGGCAUACAGCGACCGAUCGGUGGCCACCUGGUGACGCUCAUGUACACCAUGAAUACGAUCUACGGCCUCCAGCCGGACGACGUCUGGUGGAACGCGUCCGAUCUGGGCUGGGUAGUCGGUCACUCGUACAUCUGCUACGGACCACUGCUGUAUGGCGCCACCAGCGUCAUGUACGAGGGGAAGCCAGACCGAACGCCCGAUCCAGGCCAAUACUUCCGCAUCAUCGACCAGCACAAGGUUUCGGCCGUGUUCUCCGUGCCGACCGCUUUCCGCGUAAUCCGGCGGGUCGAUCCGGAUGUCACCUUCGGGCGGAAGUACAGCCUCAAGUCGCUGCGGGCGAUCUUCAUCGCAGGCGAACACUGCGAUCUGGAAACAAUGAAAUGGAUGCGCAACACCUUCAAAGUACCUGUGCUAAACCAAUGGUGGCAAACGGAAACCGGUUCCGCCAUUACGGCGACGUGUGUCGGGUUCGCACAGAACCUACAGACGCCCCCGUUCACGACGGGACUUCCGUUCUGCGGAUACGACAUCUAUGUGCUGGACAAGAACGGCCACGAGGCGAAACCGAACGAGCUGGGUCGCAUCGUGGUGAAGCUUCCGUUGCCACCGGGGAAUAUGGCCACACUGUACCGAAGCGAUGAGCUGUUCCGCAAGACGUACUUCCAACGGUUUCCGGGUUACUACGACACGAUGGAUGCCGGGUACAAGGACGAAAACGGGUACAUAUUUGUGACGGCCCGCGACGACGAUGUGAUCAACGUGGCCGGACACCGCAUCAGCACGUCCAGCCUGGAGGACGCGAUCCUGCGGCACCCGGAUGUGGCUGAUGCGGCCGUGUUCGGUGUACCCGAGCCGACCAAGGGCCAGAUUCCGCUCUGCCUGUACGUGACGAAGCCGAACGUCUCGAAGCCGGCGGCCAAGAUGUCCGUCGAGCUGAUCAACAUCAUCCGCGAGGUGAUCGGACCGAUCGCAGCCUUCAAACUAGCCGCCCAAGUACAAAGCCUGCCUCGAACUAGAUCCGGAAAAACGUUGCGCAAAGCCAUGGCAGAUCUGGCGGCGAACAAGCACAUCACCCUGCCAGCGACGGUGGAGGAUCCGCAGGUGUUCGGUGACGUCUUGCGAGCGCUCCGCGAGCUCGGCUACGCUAUGGCCGCACCGGAUCCGGAGCUACGACAAACCGUGCGAUAG